AUCCAUCAAUAAUAUCCCUUCUCUCUCUCUCUCUUUCUCUCUCCUCUCUCUCCAUUUUGUAAACCUAAACUAUUCAUCAGCUAUGAAAAAGCUUUAUCGGAAAAGUACGGUCCACCCCACGCCGUCGGUUGUUUCAGAGCAUCUGCUUUCUUUUUUGCCGGCGGCGAUACUGACUCUGACCGUAGCUCUGUCGCCGGCAGACAGGGAGGUUUUGGCCUACCUCAUAUCCUGCUCCUCCUCCGCCAGCUUCUCCAACACCCACCGCAAGACCACCACCACCACCACCCAGAAACCCCCCGCCGCCGGUGGAGGCGGCUCAAAGAGCGGCGACGACCACCCGCCGUGCUUCAGCUGCAACUGCUUCCGUUGCUACAUGAGCUAUUGGGUGAAGUGGGACUCGUCCCCGAACCGGCAGCUCAUACACGAGGUAAUCGAUGCAUUUGAAGACAGCGUUUUGAACAAGAAGAAUAAGAGAGAGAAGAACAAGGAGAGAAGAAAGGGCAACAAAAGCAGCACCACCACCACCACUAUGGUCAAAGGGCAUAAUAGUAUUUGUCCUGUACUGGAUGAUGCCCCCAAGAACUCUGACCUAAUUUUGACCAAGGAUGAUUUUGAUUUCAGCGAGUCAAACUCGUCGGCGGACGCCGCCGCCGCCGGUGCUUCCAGCGGCGGAGAUGAGGAUGAAAAUGAGGAGGAGGAGGAAUUGGAGAAGGGCUCCGUGAGGAGGUUGGUUAGUUUUCUUGGGGAGAGAAUUUGGAGUGUUUGGGGCUGAAAAAAAAAAUGGAAGAAGGUUGGUUUAGUUUUUACUCUUCAAAAUUUUAUUUUUUUUGCAGCAAUUUAAAUCUGUUUGUUGAAAUUUAGAACCACACCCUCAUCUCAAUGUAAAUUACAAUGUGCCACUAAUCUUUCCUCUAUAAGCUUUUCUGCAAUUUCUUAGGGAUUCAAAAUUUUUGGUUCUUGUUUAGUUUUUGAGGUGUUACUUUAGUACCAGCAAAGUACUAUCUACCUAAUUAUAGGUUUAAUCCUUAAUUGCGGAUUGAUGAUUGAUUCAUUUAUGAGUGUGGCCAUUUCUUGGAAGGGUAUAAUUGUGAAUUGAGUCCCCCGUUGAAAGCGUGUGUAGUUUGUUCGUAUCUUCGUCUU